CCUCUGCCGCCAAGAGCAGAUAUUAGCAACUGAGCCACAGCGAGAGAGAGAGAGAGAGAGAGAGAGAGAGAGAGAGAUUUUUUGGCCAGAAAAAUAGAAAAUGGCUCAGAGCUCCUCAAAAAGCAAAUGGGUCUCCCUUUUCAUGCUUCUCUGUGCUCGUUUGGCUACUGCAAUCGUAAUAGAAGAUGGUCCUUUGCCAAAUGGUGAUUUUGAAACGCCGCCAUCAAACGGGUUCCCAAGCGGGGCAAUAGCAGAAGGGCCCAUCUUGAUCCCCAGCUGGAGAUCGAACGGCACGGUAGAGCUCGUCGAAGCGGGCCAAAAACAGGGCGGGAUGAUCCUCAUCAUACCACAGGGCAGACACGCCGUGCGGCUCGGCAAUGACGCCGAGAUCAGCCAGGGCCUGAAGGUGGAAAAGGGAUCCAUAUAUUCCGUCUCGUUCAGCGCGGCUCGCACCUGCGCACAGCUAGAGUCACUGAACGUGUCCGUGCCGCCGGCUUCGCUGACAAUAGACCUGCAGACAUUGUAUAACGUGCAAGGAUGGGACCCUUACGCCUACGCGUUCGAGGCGGAGGAGGAAGACGUGAGUUUGAUUUUUAGGAAUCCGGGCAUGGAGGACGACCCCACUUGUGGACCCAUCAUUGAUGACAUUGCCAUAAAAAAGCUCUUCACUCCCGAUAGACCCAAAGACAAUGCAGUUAUGAAUGGAAACUUGGAAGAAGGCCCAUGGAUGUUUAGGAACACUUCACUCGGUGUCUUACUCCCCUCCAACCUUGAUGAAGAAAUAUCCUCACUACCAGGUUGGAAUGUGGAAUCCAACAGGGCCAUCCGCUACAUAGACUCAGACCACUUCACCGUCCCGGAAGGCAAACGAGCCAUUGAAUUGAUUUCAGGCAAGGAAGGCAUAAUUUCCCAGAUGGUGGAAACAACAGCAAACAAACCAUACACCUUGACCUUUUCCUUGGGCCAAGCUGGGGACAAAUGCAAGCAGCCACUCGCUGUCAUGGCCUUUGCUGGAGACCAGGCUCAAAACAUCCAUUACACGCCUGAUUCCAACUCUACCUUUCAGAGUGCCAAUAUCAACUUCACAGCCAAGGCUGAGAGGACCAGAAUUGCAUUCUACAGUAUCUAUUAUAACACGAGAAGCGAUGACAUGAGCUCCUUAUGUGGACCGGUGGUGGAUGAUGUGAGGGUGUGGUUUUCUGGGUCUAGUGGAAAUGGUUUGGGAGGUUUAAGUUUGGGUCUUAGCUUUGCUUUUUGGUUGUUUGUUUUCAGCAUGGUUUAGGGUCUUUUAAGGCAGGUUAUAUGUGGCUUAACGUGUAUGGUUUGCCAAGGGAGUUGAGGUCAAACCCAAUUCCCUGUCUAUGUUUGUAUGUGUUGCUUUAGAAUUUUGGUAUGAAAAAUGAGUGUCAUUGUGUA